CUGUUUUCCAUAUAAAAACCCCGCAGCUUCUCUCAUCUCAGCAUAUAGUUGGAGAACUGCAAGUCUCUGGAGUCAACAUGAAGGCUGCUCUUGUUCUCGUCGCUUUCGUUCUUGUAUUUGCUGUGGCACACGCCGGCGUCUUUGGUGGAGGCUACGGCGGAGGAUUCGGUGGACACGGUGGUGGAUUCGGCGGCUUCCGUGGAGGCUACGGCGGCGGUUACGGCGGCGGUUACGGCGGUGGUUUCGGCGGCCACCGUGGUGGAUUCGGUGGUGGCUACGGAGGAUACGGCGGUGGCUACGGCGGCAAGGGAUGGCUUGGAUAAGCUUCAUCAGAUUCACCUCACACCGUUCUUCAUGAAACUCUCUCAUGGUUAUGCUCAUUGCGGGAGGCCCAUCAAAUGCCCAAGAAUGUUUCAUUGGACCUUUUUUUGAUGAAAUAAUAAAUGAUCACCAACACUU